CUACCUACUCAAAUUCCACACUCAAUCUGUAAUCCAAAAUCUCAAAGCAGAAAACCCUAAAUUCCCCAAAUUCUCUGAAUUCUCGAAAUGGCUCGUACCAAGCAAACUGCACGUAAGUCAACUGGUGGCAAAGCACCAAGGAAGCAGUUAGCUACAAAAGCUGCUCGGAAAUCGGCUCCGGCGACCGGAGGAGUGAAGAAGCCACACAGAUUCAGGCCCGGAACUGUUGCACUUCGUGAAAUUAGAAAGUACCAGAAAUCGACUGAGCUCCUAAUCCGAAAACUUCCAUUUCAGCGUUUGGUUCGUGAGAUAGCUCAGGAUUUUAAGACCGAUCUGAGGUUCCAGAGCUCUGCUGUUGCGGCGCUUCAAGAGGCGGCUGAAGCUUAUCUUGUUGGUUUGUUCGAGGAUACUAACCUUUGUGCUAUCCACGCUAAGAGAGUUACCAUUAUGCCAAAAGACAUUCAGCUUGCCAGAAGAAUUAGGGGUGAGAGAGCUUAAAUUGGGAUUGCUCUGGUGGGUUUUUGUUAGUUUUUGGGUAUAUAGUGGGUUGUUUGUUUAGGGUUUUGAGCCUUUUGUGUUUUGGUGUAGAACUUUCUCAGUUCUGGCUAUGUAGUUGAAUCAAGUGCAUUUUAAUGAAAUCUCAGUACUAUUUUAUUCAAAUUA